UUUCCUAACUUUGAGACAAGAUUCCUAAUCAUAAUAAAGCUCUGUACGCUUGUCAUGGAAUUUUCCUGGGGAAGUGGCCCGGAAUCCCAGCGCCUGCUGCUUUCCUUUCUGCUCCUCGCAAUCUGGGAGGCAGGGAGUGGCCAACUCCACUACUCCAUUCCCGAAGAGGUCAAACACGGCACCUUCGUGGGCCGCAUCGCUCAGGAUCUGGGGCUGGAGCUGGCGGAGCUGGUGCCGCGUCUGUUCCGGGUGGCGUCCAAGGACCGCGGGGACCUUCUGGAGGUAAAUCUGCAGAAUGGCAUUUUGUUUGUGAAUUCUCGGAUCGACCGGGAGGAGCUGUGCGGGCGGAGCGCGGAGUGUAGCAUCCACCUGGAGGUGAUCGUGGACAGACCGCUGCAGGUUUUUCAUGUGGAAGUGGAGGUGAAGGACAUUAAUGAUAACCCGCCUGUGUUCCUGGCGACACAAAAGAAUUUGUUCAUUGCAGAAUCCAAGCCACUUGAUACUCGGCUACCACUAGAGGGCGCCUCUGAUGCAGAUAUCGGAGUCAACGCUCUGCUCACUUACUCGCUGAGCCCCAAUGAGUAUUUUUCUUUGGAAAAACCAUCCGAUGACCCACGGGUAAAAGGUCUUGGGCUUCUAUUACGGAAAUCUUUAGACCGAGAAGAAACUCCGGAGAUUUUUUUAGUACUCACUGUCACUGAUGGGGGCAAACCCGAGCUGACAGGCACAGUCCAGUUACUCAUUACAGUACUGGAUGCUAAUGACAAUGCUCCAGUUUUUGACAGAACACUCUAUACGGUGAAAUUACCAGAAAAUGUUCCAAAUGGAACCUUGGUAAUCAAAGUUAAUGCUUCAGAUUUAGAUGAAGGCUCGAAUGGAGAUAUUAUUUACUCAUUUUCUACUGAUAUUUCACCAAAUGUGAAAUCCAAGUUCCACAUAGACCCAGUUACAGGACAAAUUUUCGUAAAAGGAUAUAUUGAUUUCGAAGAAUGCAAAUCCUAUGAAAUUCUUGUAGAGGGCUUUGACAAAGGACAGCUUCCACUCUCUGGCCACUGUAGAGUUAUUGUAGAAGUAGAAGAUACCAAUGACAAUGUCCCAACUUUGGAAUUCAAGUCCCUAUCACUUCCAAUCAGAGAGAACACUCCACUGGGCACCGUUGUCGCACUGAUCAGCGUGUCAGAUCGUGACUCAGGUGCCAACGGACAGGUGACUUGUCACCUGACGUCACAUGUUCCCUUCAAGCUAGUGUCCACUUUCAAGAAUUACUAU